AUGGUUUACUCGACCAAGCUCCGGGCUAUUGCCGCUUCUGGCCUUCUUGCCGGCUCUGCCGCCGCUGCCGGCUGCUCCGCUCCCGAUGGUGGUGUCCUUACCGUCGGUGUGGAUGAUGUUCUCGAGAUCUCCUCUUGCAAGACCUUUGAGGGCAGCAUUGCCAUCUCUGAGGAGGUCUUCGGCUCCAUCGCCCUCGACGGCAUUGAGGAGAUCACCGGCUCGCUUAUUGUCGACUCUGCCGAGACUCUCACUUACUUCAGCGCCGACUCGCUCACCACGAUCGGCGGCCUUGAGCUCAAGGACUCGCCCAUCUUUACCGGCUUCGACCUUCCCUCGUUGAACAAGGUCGAGUCUCUCAGCCUUGCCUCUCUUCCCCUGCUGUGGGAGGUGGACUUUGGCAGCACCAUCCAGGAGUGCUCGACCGUCGAGGUCCGUGACACGUACCUGACCAGCCUCGAGCUCGACGUCCUUGAGCCCGAGAAGAUCAUCAUCGAGGAGAACGAUUUCCUCUGGUCCGUCUCGGUCGCUUCGACCUCGGUCGAGGAGAUCACCAUCGGCGGCAACACCAACGCUGUCGACAUCAGCUUCCCCCAGCUCGAGAGCGCCAAGCAGAUCACCAUCUCCAACGCCACUGGCCUCUCCUUCCCCUCCCUGACCUCCAUUGAGGAGUCCAUCACCAUCACUGAGUCCUACCUUGAGACCUUUGACUUCUCCACCCUUGAGACCAUCGGUGGCUCGCUCGAGAUCAGCGGUGUCUGGGACCUCGAGUCCCUCUCCCUGUCCGCCCUCAAGUCCGUCGGCGGUGACCUCAAGAUCAACGACUGCGGCUUCACCAGCGUCGCCUUCGAGAGCCUCGAGGAGGUCAAGGGCGACCUGAGCUUCGACUUCGCCAGCCUCGAGGAGUUCACCUUCGAGUCCCUCACCACCGUCGGCGGCUCGUGGGACAUCUCGGGCUCCAGCAGCGCCGAGUUCUCCUGCUCCGACUUCGACUCGAUCGUCAAGGGCGGCGUCAACUGCGGCACCAGCGACGAGCCCGAGGAGCCCGCCGAGGAGACCACCACUCCUCCCGUCCGCUCCACUCCCGUCGCCAGCAUCCCCACCGACCUGUCGUCGACCCCGGCCCUGACCAUCCCCUCGGUCUCGGUCCCCAUCGUCGCCACCCCCACCACCCCCAGCGCCUUCGUCACCCCCAAGCCCUCCACCCCCGGCGCCGGCGUCAAGUCCUCCACCGUCAUCUCCAGCAAGGAGAUCAUCACCGAGACCCUCAAGAACGGCUCCACCGUCACCCUGACCAGCUGGACCCCCGUCGCCACCAUCCCCGUCGCGACCACCCCGGCUGCUACCCCCAGCAUCCCCAUCGUGCCCUUCGACGGCAAGGCCUCUGGCCUCUCCCCCAUGGCUGGCCUCGUCAGCCUGGUCUCGGCCGCUAUGCUGUUCUGCCUCCUGUAA